GUGAUCAAGCAGCUGAUGAAGAAGGAGUUCACGCUGGAGUUCUCCAGAGACAGGAAGUCCAUGUCCGUGUACUGCACCCCCAACAAGUCCCGCUCCUCCAUGGGCAAGAUGUUCGUCAAGGGCGCCCCAGAGGGAGUGAUAGAGAGGUGCACGCACGUCAGAGUGGGAAACAGCAAAGUGCCGCUGACCAAAGGCAUCAAGGAUCAGAUCCUGGCGACGAUCAGAGACUACGGGACGGGGCGCGACACGCUGCGCUGCCUCGCCCUCGCCACCAGGGACACCCCCCCACGAGUGGAGGACAUGAACCUCACUGAGACCGUCAAGUUCGCCCAGUACGAGUCCGACCUGACCUUCGUGGGCUGCGUGGGCAUGCUGGACCCCCCCCGACUGGAAGUGGCCGCGUCCAUCAAGCUGUGCCGGCAGGCGGGGAUCCGCGUCAUCAUGAUCACCGGAGACAACAAGGGCACCGCCGUCGCCAUCUGCCGCCGCAUCGGCAUCUUCGGGGAGGAGGACGACGUGGAGGCGUUGGCAUUCACCGGGCGCGAGUUUGACGAGCUGUCGCCGGCCGAGCAGGUCGACGCCGUCACCAACGCUCGAUGCUUCGCUCGCGUAGAGCCGUCGCACAAGAGCAAGAUCGUGGAGAUCCUUCAGGGCAUGGACGAAAUCACCGCCAUGACGGGCGAUGGAGUGAACGACGCUCCGGCUCUGAAGAAGGCGGAGAUCGGGAUCGCGAUGGGUUCAGGGACCGCCGUCGCCAAGUCGGCCUCAGAGAUGGUUCUCGCCGACGACAACUUCUCGUCCAUCGUGGCGGCCGUGGAGGAGGGCCGAGCGAUUUAUAACAACAUGAAGCAGUUCAUCAGAUACCUCAUCUCCUCCAACGUGGGCGAGGUCGUCUGCAUCUUCCUGACGGCGGCGCUGGGCUUCCCAGAGGCUCUGAUCCCCGUGCAGCUGCUCUGGGUGAACCUGGUGACGGACGGCCUGCCAGCAACCGCGCUGGGCUUCAACCCCCCCGACCUGGACAUCAUGGAGAAGCCCCCCCGCAACGCCAAGGAGGCGCUGAUCUCCGGAUGGCUUUUCUUCAGAUACCUCGCCAUCGGAUGUGAGUUUAGAAGGGAUAAC